UCCUUUUUUUUCUCUUCUUUCUUCUUCUCUCCGUCCCUCGUCGGCGUUUCCCGGCGUUUCCCCCGCCGAUCUCCUCCGGUUUCUUCGGAUCCCUUUGGGUGUUCCUCUGCGAGAGCUCGCCCAGUUCGGAUUCGGGUUUUUGAGAUAAAUAUAGUUUGCCUACAACUUUUUCUUAAAAGCUUUAAGGAGGAGUCAUGGAGUCUGGCCUCAAGAAGGUGGGGUCAUACUGUGCAAUUGCAGAGGCUGAUGACUUUGAUUUGUCGAAACUCCUGGACAAACCAAAGUUGAACAUUGAGCGACAAAGGUCAUUUGAUGAGAGGUCUCUUAGUGAACUUUCUGUCAACAUAAGGGCUGUUGAUAGUUUUGAGAAUAUGUAUUCCCCCGGAGGUAUGCGGUCAGGGUUUGACACACCAGCCUCAUCUGCCCGUAACUCGUUUGAGCCACAUCCAAUGGUGGCAGAGGCUUGGGAUGCAUUAAGGAAGUCUCUGGUCUACUUCCGUGGCCAGCCCGUUGGGACCAUUGCUGCCGUAGAUCAUGCCUCUGAAGAAGUCUUGAAUUAUGAUCAGGUGUUUGUUCGUGACUUUGUUCCAAGUGCUUUGGCUUUCCUAAUGAAUGGUGAACCUGAGAUUGUCAAAAACUUUCUCCUCAAAACUCUCUAUCUUCAAGGGUGGGAGAAGAGGAUUGAUCGUUUCAAGCUUGGAGAAGGUGCUAUGCCUGCAAGCUUCAAAGUACUUCAUGAUCCUGUGAGGAAAAUGGAUACACUAAUUGCAGAUUUUGGUGAGAGUGCCAUCGGAAGAGUUGCCCCUGUUGACUCUGGAUUCUGGUGGAUUAUUCUUCUCCGCGCCUACACAAAGUCAACUGGAGAUUUAUCUCUUGCUGAAACGCCUGAAUGUCAAAAAGGAAUGCGGCUUAUAUUAGCUUUGUGUUUGUCAGAGGGUUUUGAUACGUUUCCUACAUUGCUCUGUGCUGAUGGCUGCUCAAUGAUUGAUCGAAGAAUGGGAAUUUAUGGUUAUCCAAUUGAGAUCCAAGCCCUUUUCUUUAUGUCUUUGAGGUGUGCUUUGGCAUUGCUUAAACAUGAUGCAGAAGGAAAGGAGUUCAUAGAGAGAAUAGUAAAACGUUUGCACGCUUUAAGUUAUCACAUGAGGAGUUAUUUCUGGCUUGACUUUCAGCAGCUCAAUGAUAUAUACCGCUAUAAGACAGAGGAGUACUCACACACAGCUGUUAACAAAUUUAAUGUCAUCCCUGACUCGAUACCAGAUUGGGUUUUUGACUUUAUGCCAACCCGUGGGGGUUAUUUUAUUGGAAAUGUUAGUCCUGCAAGGAUGGAUUUCAGAUGGUUUGCUCUAGGUAACUGUGUUGCUAUUUUAUCAUCUCUUGCAACCCCAGAGCAAUCAGUGGCCAUAAUGGAUCUUAUUGAAGAACGUUGGGAAGAGCUCGUUGGAGAAAUGCCAAUCAAGAUUAGUUAUCCAGCCAUUGAGAGCCAUGAAUGGAGAAUAGUGACUGGCUGUGACCCCAAAAAUACCAGAUGGAGUUAUCACAAUGGAGGAUCCUGGCCAGUGCUUCUUUGGCUGCUCACCGCGGCCUGCAUCAAGACAGGUCGUCCACAGAUCGCAAGACGAGCAAUUGAGCUCGCUGAAAGCCGAUUGUUAAAGGACAGCUGGCCAGAGUAUUAUGACGGAAAGCUCGGAAGAUACAUCGGCAAACAAGCCAGGAAAUUCCAGACAUGGUCUAUUGCAGGUUAUCUAGUGGCAAAGAUGAUGCUCGAAGAUCCUUCGCAUUUGGGUAUGGUCGCACUGGAGGAGGAUAAAGCGAUGAAGCCCGUGCUAAAAAGAUCGUCCUCAUGGACUUGCUGACAGGUUGGAGCGAGAAGAUGAAAUGGUAUACUUACACAAUUCUUUGGCAGCAAUCUCAUAUGUUUUCUUGUUCAGUCAGUCCCUUGGCUGGCCGGUUUCCGUUUCAUAUCGAAAAAUCUAGUUUGUACUAUAUAUGUUGUAUUGCCAGCGAAUUAGAAUUCUGAAUAAAAGGUUGAGUUUUGUUUACGCGGAGAUCGUCUGUAUCUCCUUGUAGUUGCAAGAGACUCAGUUUUCUAAUGAAUUUGUUUUGGUUCUCAA